UGCCUGAAUAAUUAGGCUACUGUCAGGAGAGUUGAAUUUCUUUCCCCCCAGCUGCUAAAGAGCAGGACCGUGUCCACAGAAGCCAUUCCUAGAUCAGGUUAGAAAUACAUUAGCAUACAGCUGGAGUCCGUGUUUUCUAGCCUUUAUUGCAGGCGUUAUGCAUUCAGAUGGUCCACAGAGCUUUACGGCUAACACGUACUCCUGGGAAUUGCCUUUUGAUCCGUCAAGAGCCUUCUCAGCCCCUCUGUGGGGACAAACACCAUGCACUUCGGGGGCCUUCCCCCAGCACCGAUAUUCAUUUUCUUGACUUCUAAGCCAGCUCUGACCCCCCUGCGGUGCGAGGCUUACAGCACCAGCUCCACCUGGCUGCCCCAGAAAGCCUCGGGCCCUGAGCGAGAACUAUGGCCUGGAUAUCCUCUCAGUUCUGUGAUAUCAUUGCUAUAAAGGUUUAAUUUCCUGUAAUACGUGUCUGCUUCUCUGUCCCUGAGAUAGGGUUCUCAGGUCCAUCUCUAGGAGGAGCUGCUCGCGAGGACGCCCCUGAGCGCACCUGGGGGUCUCCCUCCUUGACAGCUCGGCUGUGGGGAGAAGGGCUUCGCGCCGGCCGACGCACUUUGUCCCCAGGCGGCCCCCGUCCACCUCCGUGCAGUUGCCCCGCCGGCCGAAAAGUUUCUCCAGGUGCGGAAUUCCGGGCUCGGCGACCACCGGGGCGGAGUGUGCGCGCCAGUCGGAAGCCAGCCCGCCCGCGGGCCCGGCUCUCAUGUGUGACUGGAAGUCGAGUGCAUCAUUAACCUAAGGACCUCACCACUUGGAAGUUAGAGUUUUCACCAUCAGCCUACCUUUUCCUUUUUGGUCUGGUUCUUUUCCUCAAACAGUGGAAACAUCUUUCUUUUAAUAAAGUUGCUUUUGUUGCAGAGUUAAGCAAAUGGCUGAUAGCAGCUGUGGUAAAAAACCCACAAAGUGCCCUCACUGCUCAUCUGCUUCUCAGAAAAAUGCACUUUGUAUAUGUUCUUGUAAAACAAAGCUUUCUCCAAUGUCAGUGGUGGAAAUGUCACAGACAUCAAGCACGGGUAGUUCAGAAUUUAUAGUCUCACCAGAAAAAAAAAAAGAAAAAGGAGCCAGCAAAGAUGUUACCUCUGGAAAAGAUUCGCCCUCAAAAUCUUCAAAUAUAGAGAGAAAACCAUCUCAACAACAGUGGGGUCGGGGCAACUUCACAGAAGGAAAAGUUCCUCACAUAAGGAUGGACAAUGGAGCUGCUAUUCAGGAAAUCUAUACCUUUGGAAGAAUAUUGGGACAAGGGAGCUUUGGAAUGGUCAUUGAAGCCAUAGACAAGGAAAGAGAAACUAAGUGGGCAAUUAAAAAAGUGAACAAAGAAAAGGCUGGAAGCUCUGCUGUGAAGUUACUUGAACGGGAAGUGGACAUCCUAAAAAGUGUGAAACAUGAACACAUCAUACAUCUGGAACAAGUGUUUGAGACACCUAAGAAAAUGUAUCUUGUGAUGGAGCUUUGUGAGGAUGGAGAACUCAAAGAAAUUCUGGAAAGGAAAGGUCAUUUCUCAGAGAAUGAGACAAGGUGGAUCAUUCAAAGUCUCGCCUCAGCUAUAGCCUAUCUUCACAACAAUGAUAUAGUACAUAGAGAUCUGAAACUGGAGAACAUAAUGGUUAAAAGCAGCUUUAUUGAUGCUAACAAUGAAAUGAACUUAAACAUAAAGGUGACUGAUUUUGGCCUAGCAGUGAAGAAGCAUGGAAGGAGUGAGGUCAUGCUGCAAACCACAUGUGGGACACCCAUCUAUAUGGCCCCUGAAGUUAUCAAUGCCCACGACUAUAGCCAGCAGUGUGACAUUUGGAGCAUAGGUGUCAUAAUGUACAUUUUAUUAUGUGGAAAAGCACCCUUUAUGGCAAGCUCAGAAGAGAAGCUUUUUGAAUUGAUAAAAAAGGGAGAACUACAUUUUAAAAAUUCAGUCUGGAAUUCCAUAAGUGAUUGUGCUAAAAGUGUUUUGAAACAACUUAUGAAAGUAGACCCUGCUCACAGAAUCACAGCUAAGGAACUACUAGAUAACCAGUGGUUAACACUCUUUGGAUGCAGAGAAUCUACAGGGACUCAGAAAAGCCAAGGUCUUCUAACAGUGGCUCUUGCCUGGCUUGAAAUCUUGAGUCAUUAUUUAUUUGCAUAUUGCUUUCCCCCAUUACACUAAUGCCUCGAGCAGUAACCCUGUCUUAAGUGAUCUUCGUAUCCCUGUACCCAGAACACUACCUGGUCACAACAGGAACUUUGGAAGAGGAUGCUACUACCUCUCAAUAAUUAUUCUCUCUUUCUUCUGUGGUCAUGAGGAUCCUGACUUUUCACUGGUAACAUUCUUAUCUAGUCUUCUUUACUAGUUAUCUCCUAUCUUUGCUAGUUACAAUGCUGGUCAAUGAGAUCUAAGUGCAGGUAAGAGUAAUCUCUGGGAAGUGCCCUUAAAUGGAGGGAGUAUGGCAUUCCUCACAUCCAUCUUCUCUUCUAGUGACUGCAAUGCAGCUGCGAUGGAUGGAGUUUGAGAGGCCAUAUUAGAUAAUACAGUGGAAUAUAAACAGGGUAGGAGAGCAACAUGAUUCCAGGAACCAGGGCUCUUAGCGUAUAGAGCUGCCACACCAGUCCUUGACUGCCUACCUCCAGACGUUUUUAGAUGAACAGGAAACAAAUGACUGUCAUCUUUGAGAUACUGUGAAAUGUGCAGUUAAGCCUAAUGCCAAUUAGUACAGUACUCAGUAAAUAAUGGCUGAAUGAGUAGAUGAUUCAGUGAAUGAAUAAGUCUGUAGGUAUGUCAGAAAAUGCCUGAGAAUGGAAACUGGAGAUUCCAGAGACAUAGGAAUAUUUUACAUCUUUUACAUAUUAGACACUAUGUUUGAUACCAGAGAUACAUGAUAUGCUUAAAUUGCAGUAGUAUUGUUGAGAAAUGCUGGUGGCUUAGACAAGGUGGUAGCAAUAGAAUUGAAGAGAAAUAAAUGUGAUAUAUUUUUAGAUAUAUUUGUUAAUAUUUGGUGAUGGAUUAGAUAAGGGAUGAGGAUAAGGGAGGAAUCGAGGACGAAUUUUAGAUUUUGCUUUAACAGCUGGUUGGAUGGUAGUGCCAUUUACCGAGAUGUGGAAGACUGCAGGAGAAACAUUUUUUUCCUGGGGGAAGAGUGGUGAGUCAAGAGUUCCACAUUGGCCAUGAUAAAUUUGAGAUGCCUAUGUCACAUUCAAGUGGAGAUUUCCAAUAGAUCAUCGAAAGUAUGAGCCUGGAACUGGAGAAGAAUGAACUGGAGAUAUAAAUCUGUGAAUCCUGAGUAUACAGAUGCCAUAUAAAGCCAUUGUGUUGAAGAGAUGAAUUAGGAAGAAAAUGCAGAUAGAAAGGACAAGAGGCCUCAGCAGUCUGCCUUUAGACACUGCAACAUUUAGAAGAGUAGAAGCUAGCAAUGGAGGCUGAAAAGGAAUAGCUAAUGAGGAAAGAGAAAAGUUAGCAGGGUAAUGCCAAGAAAGUUGAGUGAGAAAAGUGUUUGCGAAAGCAAGAACAGUCAGCCCCCAGAUAAAUGCUGCCUAGAGGUCAAGAUGAGAAUGAGUUUUCAUUAGGAUGGCCAACAGAGGGAUUGAUGGUGACCCUGGAGUCCUUGAUAGAUUUUAGAUACCAUAAAUUUAUAGUGAUACCACUGUGAUUUUCCUUUGGGAAUUUCUAAUCAUUUAUUGGAAUAAUUCUUUUUCUUUAAGGGCUAAAAAAUUGCCUUCACUCAAAAAUGGUUUAUAACUGCCCUCUUCUAUGAAUGUGUUGAACUCUCAAAUGAUUCUGUGCAAUAAGUAUUUCUGGCCUAAAGUAAUUGUGCAAAUGAGUUAGCAGCUAGAUCAUUGCAAAACAACUGAGGAGAUUUGUAGUAGAGCAAAAUAAAAAACUGUAAAACAGAUGGUGUGCUUUAGAAAUCUCUCUCUUUUCAGCAUCACACAACAUUCGGGUUUGGCCAUUUAAUUAUUUGUUUUCUAAUUAGUGAAACUUUAUUUCUGGCUUUGGUCAUUUUUCCAGAAGUCUCCAUUUUUGAGCCUCUGUAACAAUUUGUCUCUCUGUAGUCUUUGCCAAAUGGAUAGAGAAGUGACAGAUAGCGUGUACUAUAUCGGACUAUCCUGA